UUGAUGUCACGGUGACAUCAGAGAGCAUUAAAAGCUUUUAACCGGUUUCCUCCAGCCCUAGGCCCCAUUUUGAGUGCUCUUUCAGUGAGGCUCGGGGGGUGGGAGCACGGCGAGCGCGAGGGGCUGCGCGUACGAGGCAUUUAUGGCACAGAAUCUGACUGCAGACAGCAACGCAGCUCCCAGUGCAGUAAAAGCCUUUCAAAUCCACCCGGUUAAGAUUGAAGGCAUGCAGCCAGCACAGCCCGCACACCAGCCAAAGAUAAGCCUCGCAAACAUGGCCGCCGCAGAGGACAGCUUCAGCUACUUAACGCCAGGAAGCAGUGAGAAGCACAGGAGAGCCCCCAACUGGACGGAUGGGGAAAUGAAGGCGCUCCUGUUCGUUUGGGAGGAAUUCCACCAUGAAUUAAAGAGCAGCAAAAGGAACGCGAAGGUCUACGAGAAGAUGUCACAGAGGUUCUUCCAGCUGACGGGAGAGCAGCGCUUCAAGGAGGAGAUCAAGAUGAAAAUCACUAACAUGUCUUUCCAGUACAGGAGGCUAAAAGCGACGCAAGCCGACAACGGGGACGUCCCAGACUGGCCCUACUACAAAACCAUAGAGAAGAUCCUGAAUAACCCGGUGGAAAAUGGCAGAAUAAACAAUAUGGAGUUCAACGCGGCUGUAGCGGGGCCCUCCACCUCAUCCCCGGGCGACUCCUCACAAGUGCUCCACACAGAAGACGGCAUUGUGGAGUUUCUGCCCGAGUACACUGGCUCCUCAGACGAGAUGGAGAUCAAACAGGAGCUGGACUCGCUCAGCUCCGACAGUGACCUCAUACAAGCGUCCAGCUUACAGUCGUCGGGUAAAAAACGUCUGACGGACAAAAAGCAGCUGCAGUUGAAGCGGAAGAAGCUGCGGCUGAUGCAGUGUAUGCUUCAGGAGCAGAGGAGGUCCAGCCGCGCUCUGGAGGAGAUGUGCAGGGAGGUGAGGAGAGCGCUGCACCAACAGAACCUGGUCCAAGUGCAGUGUCUCCAGAUGCAGGAGCGGAUGAUGAACCUGAUGGAGCGAAUGAUCACGCUCCCGUCCGCCUCUUCGCAGAGCCGACUCCACGACCCCAACAACCACUGA